CAUAUCUCAGCCUCAACAAAUGACUGUUGAGUUGUUUUGAAAGUGACGAACGCAGCGGCAGGCGGCAGGCGUCGUGUUUCACACAUCCACGUUGUUGCAUCUCAUCGUGUGAAGAAUGUUGUGUGUUUUCCGACGUGAUAACCUGUAAACUGUGAUUUGUUGCCGUGGGUUUCGCUCUUCCGUUGUCCAACCGCACGUUUUGGGGCCAAAUUGAGACGCUCCGUGCACCGACGAGUUGAGAAUGGAGCAGCAUGCCGUCUCGGCCGCAAACGCAAGUCCGCCUGCCCGGGGCACUCGUGGAAAGUCGCCCCGCCUCACACCCAACAGAAUCUUCAGCUCCCACUUGGACAGCAUCAUCAAGAGCAAAGAAAAGGAGAGAGACGUCCAAAGCCAACGCCGGGCCGCCCCGGCCGCGACGGCCGCAGAGGUUAAUGCUGAAGAAGAAACAGACUCCUGCGACCCGGCCUACUCCGACCUGCACCUGCAAGAGCGUCAAGAACCGUAUGGGGCGGAGAGCGAGGACGUCAGUUUUGGUAGUGUCAAAGAAGAGAUUCGCAUUCAAGUGACAACUGAAGUUCACAUGAUACCCUUGCCAGGGGAAGAACUUCAGCUUAACAACUCAACGCAGGAUGAAGAUGUUGAUUCAAUUGCCAAUGAAGACCAGGAUGAUGUGCCGUUACCUGAACAGUCACCCCAAGCUUCUCACCAAAAAAAUGCAAUGGAAGAAUUGGAAGGAGAAAAUGCUGCCCCUCAGCGCAAAAGCUCCAAAAGUAAAAAGCACAAGAAGAGAAAGGUAUCUGCUCAAAGAAAUGAAACCCCCUCAAGGGAGGUCAAGACACACUCAAGAAAAUCCAGGAAAUCCAAACGCUCUGCUCAUAAAGAAGAAAAUGAUUCACCAGACAGAAACCCCUCUCCCACUAAGCGCCACUCAAGACAUGAAGACUAUGAUCAGACAGAUGAUGAUGUCAAAGGCAAAAUUCGGAUCAAGCUACGAGGUGAGGGAAGUUUCCAACACUUAAAUAAAUCGGUUCCUCUCAGUCAACAUGAGACUGAUUCCUCAUCUACCCCACAAAGCCUGAGAGGCACUUCUAAAGACAGCCUGAACCAGUCAUGGAGUGCAGAGACCCCAAGGAGCAGGCAUGAAAAGAGAGGAAGAAGUAGUCACAAGAGACACAAUUCCCCUUUGCCUGUGUAUUCUUCCUCAGAGAACUCGACACCUGUCAAGACUGAAGACAUCAAGUACCCACCACAGCAGCUUAAGAAUUUGAAUCACCUAGCAAGGAUGUCUGCGUCAGAAAUUUAUGUUGAUGUUGCUGUGUCAUCAGCAUCUGAUGAUGAAAUUUUUGAAAAUGAAAUAUUUACAAUUCGUCACCAUUCAAGUGAAACUGAGUCUCCCUCUGAAAUGUCAAGCAGAAGUGGUAGUGGUUGUUCAAAGCCUAGUGCUGCCCCUGACUUCAUCCCAUUUUGUGCACCACGGCCUGCAUAUGUACCCAUGAGGCAAGAAAUGUAUCACCCACCAGCAAUGACAGGGUCUCCCUAUGCACCCAACUGGCAGAGUCCUCAACAGUAUCCUGCUUCUCCUGCACCUGCCAUGCUGCAAGGAGUUUUCCAAUGGCAAGAUAACUUUGAUGGUGAUGCUAUAGCUUCACUAGUGAGAUAUCCGCCUCCUCCACACCCUCAGCGUCCCCUUUUAGGUGAUCUGCCACUAACACCACCGGGCACUGUAGAUUACCCCAUAAAGCGGCGUUCAUUACCACCUUCUCAGGAAUAUUCAAUACCACCUGCAAACCGAUAUUCUCUACCCCAUCAAUGGCUUCAACCCCAGUCUUCAGCUGAACUACUACCUGCUGCUCCUGUGGUUGAUAAGCGAUUUACUUGUUUACAGGCACUCCACAAUCCUCCAAGACCAAGUAUCUUUGGUUAUCAACUUAUUGGUGAUAGUAUGCUUCUCCGCUUUUCACAACAAAUACUGGGACAACCUCCAAUUCUUAGUGAGAGCAUACGAUUUUUAGGAUACUGUGUGAGUGGCCAGAGAAUUGGAGAUCUAUUGAAACGCUUAAAAUCAGGGUUUUAUCACAUAGGAAGUAAAGUAGUUCUUAUGAUCGGAACAAAUGACCUUGUCAAAAAUUGUCAAGCUGAGCAAAUGAUACAUGAAUUGCGUCGAGUUCUGGAUUAUUUGUGUACCAAGGCUGAGAAAAUAGUAGUCCUAACAUUACCACCUGUUCCUCUCCAAGAGCAUUAUACCCACCACUGGACAAGGUUGAAUAAGUACAACGACUUUAUCAGGACACUAAACAAUGCUGAGAUGGGAAUAAGUGUAUUCGACAUUUCUCCCCAAUAUCUUCUUUCCAAAGAGGAGCUCGAAGAGGAGGAGUUGUUGGCUGAGUUCCAUUCAGAUUCACCUUUUUGCCGCGGAUGUCUGACUUGCACGGAAGAAGUUGAUGGGUUCAGUGACUCCACAUGGUCAGAUGAAGAUGACACAUUAGAAACUGACCUGUUGACUAGUGUACUUAUCAGCACAAGUCCCCCUCAUAUUUCCCACCUAGAUAUCUGCAGAUUGUAUUGUGACAAAAGAAUUUCAAAGUGCAGAAUGGAUUGCUUUGAAUUGAAAUUUGAAUCCUCUAAUCGAAAGGAUCUUAUACACCUCAACCGCAAAGGCCUUCUGCUGGUAAAAGAUGAGUUGUAUAAACUUUCUUAAUUUGUUCCUGCAUGCUUUAAUUUAAAUUACCAAUGUCUUUGCUAUUAAUGACAAUCUUAUGUGAAGCUCUAGUGCUAGUUUAAGAAGUUUGUUACUACCAAGUUGAUUUAAAAGUUGUUCUUGACGGUUUGUACAAUUUACGUACAUUGCCAACUACUGUAUCUGUUGAGAUAUUUAUUUUGAAGAGUGGACUGUUCCUUUCUUUUUAAUUGUUUCUGUUCUGCAUUGCCAUCUUACAGUAUUAUUAGUUCUUGUUAUGGCUUCAAUAAAUUAUAUGAUUUCUAAAGAA